CCCCUCCGCUCCACUCGUUUUCCUUCCCUUCUCGCGGCAAAAGCCCUCGAAGCAGAUAAGGCCGCCGUGCCCGCGGCCACCCGCCCCCGACCACCGCCGCCGGCCAUGGUCGGCGUUGCCGCAGGCUUCGCCUUCGCGCCGGCAGUGUCCCGCGUACUUUACAGGCCCGGCGCCGCCUGCCACGCCUCGGGCCCCUCCUCUUCGGCGCGGUUCCCGGCCAGGCCAUGGUCUUGGGAGCGGGCGCGGGCGCCGGCGAGGCUCGUCGUGGUCGCGCGGUACUCGCCCUCGUACGAGAGCGAGGAGGAGGAGGAUGAGGAGGAGCUCGGAGGCGGCGGGUGGGGAAGGAGGGACCGCGGGCCCGACCCCGACUACGACCCCGCCCUUGACAUUGAACGAGUCGAGUCCUCAACUGUGAGGCUCUUGGAUGAACAGAAAAGAAUGGUUGGUGUGGUACCUGUAAACGAGGCAGUUCAGAUUGCAGAGGACAAUGAUCUUAUACUCGCAAUAUUAUCAUUAGAUGGAGAUCCCCCAGUACUUCGACUCUUUGAGGAGAGAGAUUACAAAAAACACAGGUAUGAACAGCAGAAGAAGAAAAAGAUUCAGCAGAAAAGAUCUGUUGCAAAACGCAUGAGCUUGAAGGAGUUGAAAAUGGGAUACAACAUUGACGUCCAUGACUACAGUGUGAGGCUUAAAGCUGCAAGAAAGUUCCUUAAAGCUGGUGACAAGGUUAAGAUAAUAGUGAACUUGAAAGGACGGGAAAACUUGUAUAAAAAAGAAGCUAUUGAACUCCUUAGAAGAUUCCAAACUGAUGUUGGUGAGCUAGCGACGGAAGAAAGCAAAAACUUCGCAGAGAGGAAUAUAUAUCUGGUUCUUGUCCCCAAUAAGAUAGCUAUACAGAAAGAGCAGGAUGGACUGAACAGAAAGGAUACUGCAAAAGAUGAGAAAGACCUAUCAGACAGUGACCUAUCAGACAGCGAUGAACCUCUGACAGAGCAACUGGAGGAAAGUAAGGAGCCUGAGGCAGAAGUCUCAGCAAAUGUUUGAUUGAACUGUAAAUGCGAAGGGCGCUUGCUCAGAUUGAACAAGCUGCCUCUACUGUUGCAGAUCUUGUAAAUACAAGGCUGGUGCCAUUGUACAACAAUUAUAUCUGCUGACAUCAUCUCCAGAAGCAUUCGUUGGGUGCCUAGGCGUUCUGACAGAACAAGGCUCGAUGAUGUCCGUAAAGAACCUGGAGGAGCCUGCCACCAUCUCAGAACUGGAGGAUAAUACUUUAAGAGCUUGGGAUCACUUUGCCUCGCACAAUUGAAGGUCAAAAGCGACACCAGUAGUGGUAGGAGAAGCAUUUUUACUAUUAAUCGCCCAGGAUGGUGCGCUUGGCACAUGAUUUUGUUUUCGCCUUGUCAUUUCCAAUCGUUGUUGUAGAGAAGAUCGCGUGUAUCUAUUUGACAACUGCUUACUAUCAUGAGUUAUAGACCUUUGGGCUGUAAGAGCCUAGGGAUGUGAUGCGCAUGAGUUUUCUGUAAGAGCCUUUUGUUUUCA